CGCCAACGCGCAUGGCAAAGCCAAGGUCGACGAGAGCUAUCCUGCAGUUUAUUUUCACAUCCAGACCCGAAGCACACAGCUAAAAGCCUUUCAGCAAUUGCAGAUAACUCAACGCAGAAGCUGAUAUCUUCAGCUUGUGCUACUAGCGCAUCUACGAUGGCAACAGAGAAGAUAGUUCCCACUGCAAAAGAACUAGAACAGUUCGACCUGAGCGAUGCGCACACCGUUGAGCUCAUCAACCGAGCUCAAGAGGGCGACGCCGCAGACCGCAAGUUAACAGUCCGUCAAGCUUUAGCAAAAUAUAGAAAGGCAGUCUUCUGGGCCCUGUUUCUAUCUACCAGCUUGAUUAUGGAGGGAUAUGACCUUGUCAUUAUCACUUCUUUCUACGGCCAGACACAGUUCAAACAACGUUUCGGGGUUUACGAUGAAGGAACCCAGGAGAAACUUAUCCCACCUGAGUGGCAAUCUGGACUAUCAAAUUCCGCACUGGUCGGACAGCUUGCUGGCUUGGUUGUAAAUGCCUGGUGCCAGGACAGGUUCGGCGCAAGAUACACAAUGAUGUUCUUCAUGGCUUGGAUGGCGGUCAUGAUUGCUAUCCCAUGCUUUGCACCAUCUUUGCCCAUACUAGCUUGGGGAGAGGCCAUGUGCGGUGUUGCGUGGGGUGUCUUCCAGACAUUGAGCACCACUUACGCCUGCGAAGUAGUCCCCACCGUUCUCCGCCCUUAUGUCACAGCCUACGUGUGCAUGUGUUGGGGCGCUGGUAUUCUCCUGUCCGCCGGAGUUGUUCGCGCUGUCGCUGGCAUUCAGGGUGAUAUGGGCUGGAGACUUCCAUUUCUCCUCCAGUGGGUUUGGCCAGUUCCUCUGUUUAUCGGCGCCUACUACGCUCCUGAGUCCCCUUGGAACGCGGUCCGACGAGGAAAGUUCGAUGUUGCGAGAAGGAGUCUUGUCCGUCUUCGUCAAGACACCCCUGACCGAGAGGUGGAGGUCGACGCCUCCCUAGCCUAUAUCAAACACACCACAGCGCUGGAAGAUGCAGAGACUCACGACGCUACGUUUUUGGAGUGUUUCAAAGGAACCAACCUAUGGCGCACUGAAAUCAAUUGCGUUGUUUGGGCUGCUCAGAUUCUUGGAGGUAAUGCUCUUGUAGCCUACGGCGUUACCUUUCUUCAAGCUGCCGGAUUCUCGGAGAUCCAGUCGCUGAAUCUCAAUAUCUCGCUCUCUGCGUGCUACGUGAUCGGCGGCAUCAUCUGUUGGUUUCUCUUCCCUCAUGUCGGUCGUGCAACCCUAUAUAUGAGCGGUUUAACAUUUCUAUUCUUCUGCAACAUCAUCAUCGGCGGCCUUGGGUUCACUAAAGACGAGAAGGCUCAGAUAGCUAUUGGUGUGAUUCUAGUGGCUUCGAAUUUGGUGAACAUGGUGACGGUCGGGCCUGUCUGCUACCCGAUCGUAGCAGAAACUCCAUCCGGGAGACUUCGGUAUAAGACAAUAGUCAUUGGAAGAUUUGUCUAUAACGUUACCGGAAUCGUGGAACAUACCAUAACUCCACGCAUGAUUUCUCCUAUUGGGUGGAACUGGGGAGCGAAAGCUGGUCUAUUCUACGCUGGUACCAAUUUGAUCUGUAACACAUGGUGUUACUUCCGCCUUCCAGAGACCAAAGACAGAACCUUUGGCGAGCUUGACAUCCUUUUUGAAAACAAGAUCCCCGCUAGAAAGUUCAAGCACACUGCCGUUGACCAGUUCGCUGGGAGGAACGAGACAGCUGGCAAGGAAGAAGAUAUGGCCUAG